AUGUUCGCCCGCGGGCUGAAGAGGAAGAACGCGGACGGCGAGGACAGCCCGCCGGCGCCGCCCUCCUACAGCCUGCAGCGCCAGUCGCUGCUGGACAUGUCGCUGGUCAAGCUGCAGCUGUGCCACAUGCUGGUGGAGCCCAACCUCUGCCGCUCGGUGCUCAUCGCCAACACCGUGCGGCAGCUGCAGGAAGACCUGAGCCUGGACGCGGCCUGGCGGCUGCCGGCGCCCCCAGGCGCGGGGCGGGGGCCGCUGGAGCGCCUCGUCUCCACCGACAUCCUGUGUCGAAGCCCCUGGGAGCAGCAGGGCGGGCACUCUGCUCCUGACUCGGGGGGCAGCCCCGCGCCAGACCUCUGCGAACUGCCGGGGGCCCCGAGUGCGCAGGCGCUGAGCAGCGCCCCCGGCUGCGCGUGGGAGGCGGACGGCCCGCGGGAGAGCCGGGGCGGCUUCCAGGCAUCGCUGGACCAGAUACUGGAGACCCUGGAGAGCAGGGCGCCCCGCGCGGCGGAAGGGCUGUUCGCGGACGUGGACGGGCCCUACUACGACCUGGACGCCGUGCUGACGGGCAUGGUGGGCGCCAAGGCCGUCCCUGGCGACGGGUUCGAGGCCUUGGCCUCCGCGGGCGCCCCGCCCCCCGGCUCCAGCUGCAAACGGGACCUGGGCGAGCUGGACCACGUGGUGGAGAUCCUGGUGGAGACCUGA